AUGGAUGUGAAACCAAAAAGAAGAAGUAAGGUAGAGAAUGGUGAUGAAGGAGAGGAUUUAGUUCUAGCUACUUUAGUUGCUAAUGGUGAUGAUAUAAGUCCUCUUGUAAGGCAUGCCUUUGAAAUGGGACGCCCCGAGGGGCUCCUUCGCCAGCUUAAUUUUGUUGUUAAGAAAAAAGAAGCUGAAAUUGAAGACAUGUGCAAAACUCACUAUGAAGAAUUCAUCCUCGCAGUCGAUGAACUUCGUGGUGUGUUGGUUGAUGCAGAAGAGUUAAAGAGUGAACUACAAAGUGAUAAUUACAAGCUUCAGCAAGUUGGAACAACCCUUCUUCUCAAACUUGAGGAGCUUCUUGAAUCUUAUUCUGUCAAGAAGAAUGUCACAGAAGCUAUCAAGAUGUCAAUGAACUGUAUUCAGGUGUUGGAGCUUUGUGUCAAAUGUAAUAAUCAUAUUUCUGAGGGACAGUUUUAUCCUGCAUUGAAAACCGUUGAUUUGCUCGAGAAGAGUUACCUGCAGAAUAUUCCGGCUAGAGCUCUUAAAUUGGUGAUAGAGAGGAGAAUUCCUUCAAUAAAAUGGCAUAUUGAGAAGAAAGUUUGUGGUCAAGUUAAUGAGUGGAUGGUCCUUAUACGUAGUUCUUGCAAAAAAAUCGGGCAAACAGCGAUCGGUCGCACUCAGUCAGUUCGUCAAAGGGACGAAGAAAAUCUAGAAAGGCAGAGAAGGGUUGAGGAUCAAAAUGUUCCGGGUUUGGAUGAUCGAGUAUAUAAUUUGGAUGUUGUAGAAACUGAUGACGAUUCUGCUAUGCAAUUUGAUCUCACGCCGCUUUACCGUGCUUGUCAUAUUCAUAGUUGUAUGGGGAUUCUAGAGCAAUUUCAUGAAUACUAUUAUAAGAAUAGGUUGUUACAAUUGAAUUCGGAUUUGGAGAUAUCUUCAUCACAGCCUUUUGUUGAAUCAUAUCAGACACUUUUAGCUCAAAUUGCGGGGUAUUUCAUUGUCGAGGAUAAGGUUUUAAGGACUGCUGGAGGGCUCUUAGUAGAGGAUCAGGUUGAAACUAUGUGGGAGACUGCUUUGUCUAAAAUGACAUCAAUGUUGGAUAUGCAAUUCUCGCGUAUGAACUCUGCGACUAAUCUUCUCUUGAUUAAGGAUUAUGUUACACUUGUCGGUUCUACUCUUAGAAAAUAUGGAUAUGAUAUAAGUCCUCUACUCGAUGUUCUUGAUAACUGUCGCGACAAAUACCACUUGCUUCUUUUGGCAGAUUGUAGGAAACAGAUUAUCGAUGUUAUUCAAAAUGACUCGUAUGAACAAAUGGUGAUAAAUAGAGAUACUGAUUAUGAGAAUCAUGUUCUGUCAUUUAAUCUUCAAACUUCAGAUAUUAUGCCUGCUUUUCCUUAUGUUAUGCCGUUUUCUUCGAUGGUACCUGAUGUUUGUCGCACUGUGACAUCUUUCAUCAAAGGCUCUGUUGAUUACUUGGCUCAUGGUGUAAGAACCAGUUUCUUUGAUAUUGUGAGGAAGUAUUUGGACAAGUUUCUGAUUGAAGCGUUAAAUGGUACGUUACUCGACAUAAUAAAAGGUAAAAGUAUCAGUGUCUCUCAAGCUAUGCAGAUUGCUGCAAAUAUUUCUGUUCUUGAAAGAGCUUGUGAUUUUUUCCUUAGACAUGCUGCUCAAUUAUGUGGAUGCGGUGCCUCAGUUCGAUCAAUCGAUAAGCCUCAAGCUGCAUUAGCUGCAAAGGCGUUAUUGAAAUCUUCAAGGGAACAAGCUUAUAAUUCCUUGCUGAAUUUAGUCAACACGAAAUUAGACGAGUAUAUGAAACUUACAGAAAUUAUUCUUUGGACUUCAGAAGAAGAAAAACAGAAGGAAAACGAGUACAUACAUGAAGUUGUUUUUUACCUUGAUUCACUCAUGUCGACAGCACAACAAAUUUUACCAUUGGAUGCUAUGUACAAAGUUGGAACUGGUGCACUUCAGCAUGUUUCAUUUAUAAUUAUGUCUGCUUUUACUAGUGAUAGUAUCAAAAGGUUUAAUGUGAAUGCUGUUAUGUCUCUUAACAAUGAUCUUACGAUGUUGGAGGGUUUCGCGGACGAGAAGUUUUAUUCUUCUGGAUUGGCUGAAAUCUACAAAGAAGGUAGUUUCAAGAGUUGUUUGAUAGAACCAAGACAAUUAAUCAAUCUUUUGUCAAGUAGUCAACCUGAGAAUUUCAUGAAUCCUGUCAUAAGAGAGAAAAAUUACUUUAAACUUGAUUAUAAAAAAGUUGCUACCAUUUGUGAUAAGUUCAAGGAUUCUCCUGAUGGUAUCUUUGGAAGCCUUUCAAAUAAAAAUGCAAAGCAAACUGCUAAAAAGAAAUCAAUGGACAUGCUCAAAAAGAGACUCAAGGAUUUCAAUUGA